UCUCCCGCCUUGGGGAGAGGCUGACUCGGGGCGACUUCCGGGUGAGAAAAUGGCCGCCCAUGCCUCUGCUGUGGCUGCAAUGGAUGCGGCAGAAAAGGCCCGGGGGAAGUACGCCGCCCUCGCCUUCGCCACCAUCGCCAUCGCAGUAGGGCUGCCUCUCUGGUGGAAGACCACAGAGACCUACAGAGCCUCUUUGCCUUACUCCGAAAUCGCAGAGCUGGACACCCUCCUGUUCCAGCUGACGGUGCCCGUCUCGGUUGUGUUUGCCAAAGGGGUGCUGCCCGCGAGCCAGGAACGCAAACUCCCUUUCAGGAAGACUCAGCAGGUGGAGAUUCCCUUGAACUCUAAAACCAGUGUGACCUCCCAGUACGAGAUGCUCUACCGCUCGGCCACAAAACAGGAGGAAACAAUCCUGGUGCAGGCGUCGCUGGAAGAGGUGGAUUCCCGCCUGCGGCUGAUGCAAGAGACCCCCAUGGGAUCCAUCGUGGUCUAUGUGGUCCCACAGAGCUCUCUUCUCUUGCCACAUGAGGUUGCUGUGUACAUUGGCAAGCACCGGAAUGCCAUCUUUAGAGCCCCUCGGGGCAAGGAAGACUUGCUGGCAGCUGUGGACGCUCAUGUGCAGCGGGUGGCACAUGCCAUGUCCUUCACGGCCGACUCCCUCGCAGAGGCCCUGGCCGACCGCGUUCUCAUAGGCCAGCCGGGCGCCGAAUGGAAGCGGCCAUUCAAAUCCAGUCUCGGGUACGAGAUCACCUUCAGCUUGUUGAACCCGGACCCGAGGUCCCAUGAUGUCCACUGGGACAUCGAGGGGGCUAUCUCUCGGUACAUGAAGCCUAUGUUGGAGAAGCUGAGCCCCGUGGCCGAAUUCUCUGUGGACUCACAAAUUCUCUACUAUGCAGCACUGGGGGUCACGCCCCGCUUUGAGGCCUCUUCUUCCAGCUACAGACUGAGCGUUCACAGCCUGCCCCACGUCAUCAACCCCGUGGAAGCCCGGCUGGGCUCCAGCGCCGCCUCGCUGUACCCUGUCCUCAACUUCUUGCUGUAUGUCCCGGAGCAUUUGCACUCGCCUCUCUACAUCCAGGGCAAGGAUGGGGCGGCUGUGCCAACCAACGCUUUCCACAGCCCACGCUGGGGUGGCAUCAUGGUAUAUAAUGUUGAGCUCGAUAAAGGCAACGAAACCUCCUCCCUCCCAAAAAAGGUGGAUGUCAACAUGGCGGCGGUGAUGGAGGUCUUCCUGGCACAGCUGCGGUUGCUCUUUGGGAUUUCUCCGGGGCCGCUUCCGGACGGAGCCUUGCUGGCGAACCCUGGGAACGAGGGCCUCUCCGACUGGGAACUGGACCGCCUGCUCUGGGCUCGAACGGUGGAGAAUGUGGCUACCGUCUCCACCACUUUGACCUCUCUGGCCCAGCUGCUGGACAAGAUUGGGAACAUCGUCAUCAAGGACGAUGUGGCUUCGGAGGUGUACCACGCCGUCGCAUCGGCCCAGAAGGCCGUGCAAGAGCUCAAAGAGGGCCGCUUGGACACCGCUUUCCAGGCCAGCAAGGCGGCCAUCACCACGUCCGAACGGGCCUUUUUCCAUUCCUCGCUCCUCCACCUCCUCUACUUCCCCGAUGACCAGAAGUUUGCCAUCUACAUCCCGCUCUUCCUCCCGAUGGCCGUCCCCAUCCUCCUCUCGCUGGUCAAGAUCCUCCGGGAAAGCCGCCAGCGCAAGAAAGAGGCGGCCAAAAUGGACUAAGGGAUGCCUCUCCGUCGCUGGUCAAUCAUGGCUAGUGGCACGUGGGGUUUAGAGGGAGAGAAACUGGAAUUCGGAGCCAUCCCGAACAAGGAAAAUAAACUUUGGAGGGACUAUAACUCCCAGGAGUUGUGUGUGAGAAGGGAGUGUAGGAGAAGGAACCGGAAUUUGGAGUCAUCCCAAACUAGGAAUAUGAACCUAUUUGGACUGCAACUCCCAGAAUUUGACUGGGGGAUUCUGGGAGUUGUAAUCCAAAAAGGUCCCUGGCAUUAAUAACACCUUUGUCUGUUAGGAAUGGAACAGGAUGGAGGAGAUGUGUCCUUUAUUUUGUUCCGGUUUGGAUCUCUCUCUCCCCGGACACUAUUGUGUCUCCAGUACAGAAGUUACUUCUCAGCUGAUGAAAAGUAACUUCUCUGGUUCCGCCAACUCUUUACUCCUAACCCCCACCCCGAGUUUAUUUAUUUCCUCCUGGGAUUUUUCUUUUGUAGUUGGGUUUGAAAUAAAAGACAUCCGUUUCCCUUC